CGCGUUCACUUCCAGCGUCCCGGCAGGAUUGAUUGAGGACGACUGGACUGCCAUUGCGCCUGCGCAGGGAGCCCAGGGCGAGAGCCGCUAGGCUGCCCUGCCCGAAGGGCUCCACUGUCAGUGAGCCUGCGCAGGAGGCUAAUAGGCUGCCAAUACUGCUUGGACUCCGCGCCAGGGCCCUACUGUCAGUGCGCCUGCGCGUGGGCCAGGCGCCGAGGUUCUUGACUUUGCUGUGCUGGACGCCGGGUGUAGCCAUGCAGCAAGCCGACUCCGACUCCGACCAGCCCUCCAAGCGGCCCCGUUGCGAUGACAGCCCGAGAACCCCCUCAAGCACCCGUUCCGCAGAGGCAGACUGUUCCCCGGGCCUGAAACUCCAUCCCGACUACAAGACAUGGGGUCCGGAGCAGGUGUGCUUCUUCCUCAGGCGCGGUGGCUUUGAAGAGCCGGUGCUGCUGAAGAACAUCCGAGAAAACAAAAUCACAGGCGCAUUACUGCCCUGUCUUGAUGAGUCUCAUUUUGAAAAUCUUGGAGUAAGUCCCCUGGGGGAGAGGAAGAAGCUGCUUAGUUAUAUCCAGCGAUUGGGUCAAAUCCACGUUGAUACAAUGAAGGUUAUUAAUGAUCCUAUCCAUGGCCACAUUGAGCUCCACCCUCUCCUCGUCCGAAUCAUUGACACACCUCAGUUUCAACGUCUUCGAUACAUCAAACAGCUGGGAGGUGGUUACUAUGUUUUUCCAGGAGCUUCACACAAUCGAUUUGAGCAUAGUCUAGGGGUGGGGUAUCUAGCAGGAUGUCUAGUUCGCGCCCUGGGUGAAAAACAACCAGAGCUGCAGAUAAGUGAACGAGAUAUUCUCUGUGUUCAGAUUGCUGGACUUUGUCAUGAUCUCGGUCAUGGGCCAUUUUCUCACAUGUUUGAUGGACGAUUUAUUCCACUUGCUCGCCCGGAGGUGAAAUGGACGCAUGAACAAGGCUCAGUUAUGAUGUUUGAGCACCUUAUUAAUUCUAAUGGAAUCAAGCCUGUCAUGGAACACUAUGGUCUCAUCCCUGAAGAAGAUAUUUGCUUUAUCAAGGAACAAAUUGUAGGACCACUUGAAUCACCUGUCAAACAUGUUUUGUGGCCAUAUAAAGGGCGUCCUGAAAGGAAAAGCUUCCUUUAUGAGAUAGUGUCUAAUAAAAGAAAUGGCAUUGAUGUGGACAAAUGGGAUUAUUUUGCCAGGGACUGCCAUCAUCUUGGAAUCCAAAAUAAUUUUGAUUACAAGCGCUUCAUUAAGUUUGCCCGUGUCUGUGAAGUAGGCAAUGAGUUGCAUAUUUGUGCUAGAGAUAAGGAAGUUGGAAAUCUGUAUGACAUGUUCCACACUCGUAACUCUUUACACCGUAGAGCUUAUCAACACAAAGUUGGCAACAUUAUUGAUACAAUGUAA